UUCGAUAUUUUCUCAUUCAACAUGGCCGUGUUCAGAAAGCGUUCUUUUAGCAAAAUCCCGACAAUUUACCAAUGCGAUUCAAAUGGUCGCAAAAACCACACAGUUGCGGCCGACUUUGAUGGAACCCUCCUAGUUGGGCAUAGUUCUUUUCCCUACUUCGCAUUGGUCGCAUUCGACGUUGGAGGGAUCUUUAGGCUAUUUUUAUUGCUCGUGAUUUCCCCGUUGGCGGGGCUUUUGUACCAUUUGGUAUCCGAGUCCGCGGGAAUUCAAUUGCUCAUAUUCACGACAUUUGUCGGGGUACGAGUAUCUAUGAUCAAGUCGGCCGCGAGCGCGGUCUUGCCAAAGCAUUACUCGGAAGACUUGCAUCCGGAGACUUGGCGUGUGUUUUCUUCUUGUGGGAAAAAAUUUGUGGUCACGGCGAAUCCUAGAAUUAUGGUCGAACCCUUUUUGAAAAAUUAUUUGGGCGUCGAUGGUGUUUUGGGUACGGAGAUUUUGUCGUAUAAGGGCAUUGCAACGGGCCUUGUGGCUAAGCCCGGCGUGCUUGUUGGUGAGAACAAAGCGAUUGCACUUAAAAAGACUUUUGGCGCCGGAUUGAUGCCGGAAAUUGGAAUUGGUGAUCGGAGCACGGAUUUUCCGUUCAUGAAAAUGUGCAAGGAAAGAUACAUUGUGCCAUCAUCAAAUGGAAAGAUCGAACCUUUGAAAUCCAAUCUCCUCCCAAAACAAGUUAUCUUUCACGAUGGUCGAUUAGUACAAAAACCUACUCCAUUAAUGGCGUUACUUAUCCUCGUCUGGUUUCCAAUUGGCAUCACAGUAUCCAUCUGUCGAGUCCUCGUCGGCUCGCUCUCUCCCAUAUCGAAACUUCAAAAGAACAUACGCCCUCUUGGGUGCCCGAUUGUCGCUAAAAACCUCCCGUCUCUCGGCUCCGACCACUCCUCGCGAAAAAAGGGCGUCGUGUUCGUAUGCUCUCACCGGACCGUAUUGGACGCCGUGUGCGUCUCCGCUUGCUUAGGCCGGAUGACGACGACGAUAUCGUAUUCGGUCCCUAGCUUCACCGAGUUCCUCUCUCCGAUCGAAACCGCGAAGCUCACUCGCGAUCGCGCCAAGGAUGCCAAAUUGAUCGAGAGGAUUUUGAACGAGGGUAGGGAUUUGGUGAUGUGCCCUGAGGGGACGACGUGCCGGGAACCCUAUUUGCUUAGGUUUUCGUCGUUGUUCGCUGAGCUCUCCGAUGAGAUCGUGCCGGUGGCCAUUGACGUGCGGACGAGCAUGUUCCAUGGGACGACGGCGCGGGGGCACAAAUGGUUGGACCCUUUCUUCUUGUACAUGAACCCUAGGCCGGUUUAUCAAAUCAUGUUUCUCGACAAGUUGGCGCGCGAUCAAACGUGCGUCGCCGGGAGAUCUAGCCACGAAGUUGCGAAUCGUGUUCAAGAAAUGGUUGCGAGGGUUUUGAACUAUGAAUGCACGAAUCUUACGAGGAAGGAUAAGUAUCGAGCGUUGGCCGGAACGGAUGGCCUCGUCGGACAAAAGCCGACGGUGGCGGCACGGUCGCCGGCCGGAGAAUUUUCCGGUUGAGAAGGGGUUUAUGUUACUUACUUGCUUUUGUAUGGUUAAGUUUGUUCUUACUUGUCUAGCCUUUUUGGAACAUUUGGGAUUUGGAUGUUUGGUACAAAUUAAAUAAAAGUGAUGUGUUGUUAUAUUGUAGGGUUUUGAUGUUAUGACUUUGGACUAUGUUUUCAGUGACUUCAUAUCCUAUGCUGAUUCAGCCAAAUCAACUUGUUAAUUUGAUUAGGUCAGUAUAUAUUAUAUGGGUGAUUUAACGUAUGUUUAUACAUAUCUUAAUA